AUGACUAAAAAAUUGUAUAACAAGAAAAAUAAUCGUACUCAUACCAACAAUAAUAACAAUACUAAUAAUUCCAUACCUAAUAGUGCACUAAAAAGGAAUAAAAGCUUACAAAAAGAUAGACAAGAAACUAUGAAGAAUAGAGCGAAUACUAUACUCAACAAGGGAACAAUAAAGGAAAUAGAUGAUGAAAAAGAAGAGAUAAAGGAUGAUGGUACCAAUAAAAACUCUUCUUGUAAUGAUGGGCUUUCAAAUAUUGUACAGGUAAAUAAAAAAAAUACUAAUAACGCGAAUUCAGAGUUUAAAAUAAUAUCGCAAAACGAUGCUAUAUCGGAUAAUGACAAUAUGCACAAUUUAAAACUGAUUUCUUCUUAUAAUGAUACUGAUAUGGCGAGAAGAGAGUCAACGCCUUCUACUGCCUCAAGUAGUAGUGAUUCCUUUAUUGCAGCACCCCCUAACCGAUUUGCUAAUGCUAUGUUCAAUAUAUCAUUUAACCACAAAGAUAAUGUGUGCGACAAUGAAAAUGGCAAUAAAAACGACAAUGUUAAUGGUAUUAUUAAUGGAAAUCUGAAACACAGUACCUCUGCUAAACGGAGAAGGAGGUCAAGUGCCGUGCCCUCUUCCAAGACUGAUUUACAAAUGCCCACUUUAAAACACGAAGACAGCAAUGGUUCUUUACAAUCAGAUAUUCCAAAGAAAAAGAAAAAAUUACUAAAACCACCGGCUAUCACAUUGAAAGAGCGUGCUUUAACGAAGAAGUUAUCUGUCAAAGAUUUGAGGGAUCUGAUACUAUAUGUAUUGCAAAAGAAAAAUGUAAAUUGUCCGACUUGGUUGCAAGUGGAAAAUAAAAACCAAAUAACUAAGGUGAUAACACUUUUUGUUCCUGGUUUACAACCAUCAGAUUACCUUAAUAGCGAGGAAGAAGGAAAGGAGGAAUAUAUAGGGUUUCCCGAACUAUUAACAACUACUAAAGGCCGCAAAUCGAUACGUCCCCGUUUUAUAGAGUCGGGAAUAUUUUCCAACUGUUCCACAGUAUAUGUUCAAGCACCUGGUUCGAAAAAAUCACUGUUUUCAUCUUACAAUGCAUUUAUUAAUGUUGGAUUAUCCAAAGCUGAAAAACAAAAAAUUAUAAAUGAAUUAGGUCUUCGCAAAAUCACAAUUAAUGAUUUGUUAAUGCAUAUUAGUGAUUUAAUCGAAGCCAAUUAUCCUAUUCAUCCAGACACUCCGGGUUUGUCUUCUGAGUCUAAGCUUUUAGUUUUGCAGGAAAACUCCUGCAAGAAAGACUGGAUAAAUACGGUUCAUUUUGAUCACCCUGCCCCCCACAUAUUUGCAUUGGAUUGUGAAAUGUGCUUGACAAAGCAUGGCCAUGAACUAACUAGGGUCAGCAUUGUGGAUUUUAAUGGAAGGGAAGUAUACGACCAGUUAGUUAAACCCGAAAACGAGAUUAUUGAUUAUUUAACUAAGUAUAGUGGUAUUACAAGGGAGAUUUUGGAAAAUAUCACUUAUACAUUAGAACAAGUUCAACAGGAUAUUCUGAAGAUACUAAGCGCUGAUGAUAUAUUGAUUGGUCAUUCACUUCAAUCAGAUUUAAAAGUUUUAAAAAUGAGACAUCCGAAAAUUGUGGAUACUUCCAAAAUUUUUGAUCAUAAAGCUGGUCCACCAUUUAGACCUUCGUUAAAAUAUCUGGCAUUCACUUAUUUAAAUAAAGUGAUCCAAAAUGAUGAUUUAAAUGGUCACGAUUCGUUUAUUGAUGCAAAAAUAUGUAUGGAAUUAACAAAGGCCAAGAUUGUUAAUGGCUUAGCUUAUGGGUUGAACGUUAAUACCGAAAGCAUUUUCAGGAUACUUUGCAAAUCAGACGGUAUAAGAUCAAUCACUUUAAACGAUUAUGCUUCCAAAUUGCAUUUUCUGACACAGCGGGAAAGUAAGGACAAUUGUCAAAGUUUUAAAUGCACCAAAGAUGAAGAAAUAAUAGAACAUGUUAAAAAAUAUAUGAAUGAUGCUGAUUUCUUUGUUGGAAGAAUGAGAAAUUUAGAAUUUGCUAGAAACUAUUCCCCACAAAGGGGGGAUAAUAUUAAAGUUUCAUCCGAUGCGAUUGAUGACCUUGGAAAUAAAAACUUUGAUAAAAAUGAAAUGCAAAAAUUGAAAGAAAAUAUAACAAAUUUGUACAAUUCUGUACCCAAUUCAACUUUAAUAGUUUUAUUUUCUGGUUCCGGCGAUGUUAGAAAAUACAUGGAACUAAAUCAAAAAAUGAAUAAAAUUAAAAAUAAAGAAGAAAGGGAGAAGUUCCAAAAAGAACAUAGCAGAGAGUUGGAAACUUACGUACAAUGCGCUAGAGAAGCUGUUUGUACAUUAAUACUUAAAAGAGCUUAA